AAUAUUUUAUGGGAAUGGUAUUCGGUCGAUACGAAUUUAAUCGAGAUCAAUGACGUAGCUAUAUGGAACUUAGAGAAAGGAAUCACUAAAAUGGUUACAAAUUCUCUUUACGACAGAAGAUAUAAUUUACAGGGUUUGAUCAUGAAAGCUGUUAUAGUUAAGGGUUCAUCUUUCAUUAACGUAAAAAAGAAUGGCAAAUUAGGUGGUAUUUUCAGUGAGUUAUUAAAUCAAAUUUGUAUUACUCUCAACGUUAGUUUCGACAUUGUCUCGGAAGUAGAAGAGUUCGGAAGAUGGAAUCCAAAUAAAAAGACUUGGUCUGGAGCAAUUGCAGAAUUAUAUUCUGGACGUGCCGAUAUUUCUCUUUCAGGCUUUUCUAUUACCAGUGCCAGAUUAAAUGUUGUUGACUUCACUCUUCCUAUUACAUACACCAAAAACCUUCUUGUUAUUCAAGAACCAGAAAAAUUCGGAAUUAAAUGGUCAUCUCACUUUUUAACGUUCACUAAUUCUGUUUGGAUUGCUAUUCUUGGAAUAUUAAUAGCUUCAUCAAUCGUAUUUAUUUUUCUCAAAAUACAUAAUGGUAUUGAUCGUAAAAUAGGAUGUUUAUUCAUCGAUAAUUUUCUGGAGAUUUGUGGCAUAUUGUGCCAACAGGGACUAGCAGAUUUUCCUGUUAGAUCUUCGCUAAGAAUAGCAUACUUCUCUUUAUUUCUUUUGGUUACCGUCUUAUCGGCCGCUUAUUCAGCAGCUUUGAUAAGUUUCUUAACGUCCACUACCCACAUUUUACCUUUUCAUUCAUUAGAGAGCUUCGUUGAAGAUGGUACUUAUCAACUUGCCGUCGUUCGUGGUUCGGCUUAUUAUGAUAAGUUUGCAAAUUCGAGAGAUCCACUCGCAAAGAAAUUGAUGAAGUUGAUGUUAGAAGAUAAAAAAUUGCCUCUUACUGAACAAGAAGCAUAUAAGAGAAUUUGUAAAAAUCAGAAGCUAGCAAUCUACUCGAUUCAACACAAUAAGCCAGUAAAUCUGGAAAUUCCGUGCAAUGUAGUUCGUAUUGAUACAGGACAUGUAAAUAGUAUCGCUAUGAUUUUAUCUAAGCACAAUCCAUUCACUAACGUCAUCAAUUUUCAGUUGCAGAAAUUUUUCGCCAAUGGCAUUAUGAGUCGUUUAAAAAAUUCACCAUUUGAUAAGAAAUCCAAUGAUAUGAUAAAGCAUCAACCGGUUCCCGUAACCAGCGUAAUAUCACUUCUUAUCCUUAUCCUAAUUGGUAUCAUUUUGAGUACUUGUAUUCUAAUUAUAGAAAAGUUUAUUUUUACUCAUAAAAGGAAAAAAUUAUCGAUGGUACAUCAUAUUCCGUUGAUUAAAUCCUCAACAUUUUAUGUAAAAGGGAAGAAAAGUUUAAGAAAUAUUACAAAACAUCACGUGAAUUGUAAAUGUUAUUAACUCGUAAAUUAUUAACAACAACGUCAAUAUCGUUCAGAGUUUUAAUAUUAUUAAUUAGUGUUUUUUUAUUAUCUGUAUUCGAAUAUAUUAACAAUUGUAUUAUACUGUUCAACUACAGACUAACUUUACUUUUCUGGAUUUCUUUAACGACAUAUUCCAAUAUUACAUUAAAUAGAAGAGGCGACAGUGCAUUUCUCUACUUUAAU